CUUCUCCAAGCUUCCUCUUAAUUACACUCCUAAAAAAAAAAAAAAAAAAAAAAACUAACUCUGUCUCUGUCACCGUACCUCUUCUCUUUCUAUCUCUGCUUGGCAAAAAGGGGCGUAUCAGAAAACCUUCAAACAAUUCAGAAUUGCAGGCUCUAUUUGAUUUUUCAUCUGAAUAUGGCGACCAGAAAAGCUACGAAGCUCGCCAAGUCGGCCAUGGCGGCUGUUAAUGCCUCCAGAACCUCGAGAAGUUCUCUCACACAGUCUCAUUCCGUAAUUUAUGGUUUACGCACAGUCGCUUGCUCUAGUUCUACCACGGGAAGGUACAUCUCUUCACUUUCUCAGCCUCAGAUUGCUGACACACUUCAGAAUGAUGUCGUUUCGGCCAAGCAUUCGACAAUCACCUUCGCUAGGAAGUUUCACUCUUCCACUCCGCGUCACUAUUCCGCGACUAGCUCUUCCCAGGUUUAAAAACACAUACACGAAUACGCACGCUAAUCAAAAUGAGUUCACUGAGAUGGCCUGGGAAGGCAUUGUUGGUGCUGUUGAUGCUGCCCGAGUUAGCAAACAACAGGUGGUUGAAUCUGAGCACUUAAUGAAGGCUCUUUUGGAGCAAAGAGAUGGGUUGGCGAGGAGAAUAUUCACUAAGGCAGGGCUUGACAACACGUCAGUUCUGCAAGCUACAGAUGAUUUUAUAUCUAAGCAACCAAAGGUGAUGGGAGACACUAGUGGUCCUAUCAUAGGCUCACAUCUCAGUUUGCUGUUAGACACUUCGCGCAAGCAUAAAAAAGAAAUGGGAGAUGAUUAUGUGUCUGUAGAGCAUCUUCUGUUAGCAUUUCAAUCGGACAAGAGGUUUGGGCAGCAGUUAUUCAGGAAUCUUCAGCUUAAUGAGAAAGAUUUGAAAGAUGCUGUUCAAGCAGUUCGUGGAAAUCAGCGGGUUACUGAUCAGAACCCUGAAGGGAAAUAUGAGGCAUUGGAGAAAUAUGGGAAUGAUUUAACGGAGCUUGCUAGGCGUGGCAAACUUGAUCCUGUUAUAGGUCGGGAUGAUGAAAUAAGACGGUGUAUCCAAAUCUUAUCUAGGAGAACCAAAAAUAAUCCUGUUAUCAUUGGUGAGCCCGGUGUGGGGAAAACUGCAAUUGCUGAAGGAUUAGCUCAAAGGAUUGUGCGAGGGGAUGUUCCAGAACCGCUGUUAAAUAGAAAGUUGAUCUCCCUAGAUAUGGGUUCAUUGGUGGCUGGUGCCAAGUUUCGUGGAGAUUUUGAGGAAAGGUUGAAGGCUGUUCUUAAAGAAGUUACUGCUUCAAAUGGACAAAUUAUUUUGUUUAUUGAUGAGAUUCAUACUGUAGUUGGUGCAGGGGCUACAAGUGGUGCGAUGGAUGCUGGAAACUUGUUAAAACCAAUGCUUGGGCGAGGUGAGCUUCGAUGUAUAGGAGCUACUACAUUGAAUGAGUAUAGGAAAUACAUUGAGAAGGAUCCUGCACUCGAGCGUAGAUUUCAACAGGUGUUUUGUGGUCAACCAUCUGUUGAAGACACUAUAUCAAUUCUUCGUGGGUUGCGUGAGCGGUAUGAACUGCAUCAUGGAGUUAAGAUAUCAGAUAGUGCACUUGUUUCAGCUGCAGUCCUUGCCGAUCGGUACAUCACUGAACGAUUUUUGCCUGACAAAGCUAUAGACCUUGUUGAUGAAGCUGCUGCAAAGCUGAAAAUGGAGAUAACUUCCAAGCCAACGGAAUUGGAUGAGAUUGAUAGAGCUGUGUUAAAGUUGGAGAUGGAGAAGCUGUCUUUGAAAAAUGACACUGAUAAAGCAUCCAAAGAAAGGUUAAGUAAGCUGGAAAACGAUCUGGCUUCACUUAAACAAAAACAGAAAGAGGUAACUGAACAAUGGGACCAUGAGAAGUCUCUCAUGACACGAAUACGAUCAAUCAAAGAAGAGAUUGAUAGGGUAAACUUAGAGAUGGAAGCUGCCGAACGUGAGUAUAACCUAAAUCGUGCUGCUGAGCUGAAAUAUGGAACACUCAUGUCUCUCCAGCGCCAGUUAGAAGAGGCUGAUAGGAACCUUGCUGACUUCCAGAAGUCCGGUAAUUCCUUGCUGCGAGAAGAGGUUACUGAUCUUGAUAUUGCUGAAAUUGUAAGCAAAUGGACAGGUAUACCCUUAUCAAACCUUCAACAAUCAGAAAGAGACAAACUAGUCCUGCUAGAGCAGGUUCUGCACAAGAGGGUGGUUGGUCAAGAUAUGGCAGUGAAGUCCGUGGCUGAUGCAAUCCGUCGUUCUAGGGCAGGAUUAUCUGACCCAAAUCGACCAAUAGCAAGUUUCAUGUUCAUGGGUCCUACAGGUGUUGGAAAAACAGAGCUUGCAAAAGCAUUAGCUGGUUACCUCUUUAACACAGAAAAUGCCCUUGUGAGAAUUGAUAUGAGUGAGUACAUGGAGAAGCAUGCAGUCUCACGCUUGGUUGGCGCCCCACCAGGUUAUGUUGGUUAUGAAGAAGGUGGGCAGCUUACCGAAGUGGUUCGCAGAAGGCCUUAUUCUGUAGUACUCUUUGAUGAAAUAGAGAAAGCUCACCAUGAUGUCUUCAACAUUUUGUUACAAUUGUUAGAUGAUGGAAGGAUAACUGAUUCCCAGGGUAGGACAGUAAGCUUCACGAAUUGUGUUGUGAUAAUGACAUCAAACAUUGGCUCCCACUACAUACUUGAAACUCUCCGUAAUACACAAGAUAGCAAAGAAGUAGUUUAUGACUUGAUGAAAAGACAAGUUGUUGAGUUGGCCAGACAAACUUUCCGCCCUGAAUUUAUGAACCGCAUUGAUGAGUACAUUGUUUUCCAGCCUUUGGACUCCAAAGAAAUCAGUAGAAUUGUCGAGAUACAGAUGUAUCGGUUGAAGGACAGGCUCAAACAGAGGAAAAUUGAUCUUCAUUACACAAAGGAAGCUGUUGAACUAUUGGCAACAUUGGGCUUUGAUCCUAAUUUUGGAGCAAGGCCCGUUAAGCGGGUGAUCCAGCAACUGGUUGAGAAUGAAGUUGCAAUGGGAGUAUUAAGAGGAGAUUUUAAAGAGGAAGAUUCAGUACUUGUUGAUGUAGAUGAGUCCCCAUCAGCCAAAGGCCACCCACCCCAAUUCCGCAUCAAGAAAUUGGAGAACAACACUGCUAGGGAUGCAAUGGUUGCCAAUGACUAAUCCUAACCAAUGAGACUGUCAACCAAACUCCAUCAAAUUUUUGUCUUCCUAUAUUUUGUAUAUUCACGCCAGCAUAAAUGCAAACUUUCUUGUUUGACUGAGCUUGGAUUCUCUAAAAUAGUAAUUAAAUGGAACAAAUAGAGGAUACAACAAUUGCAUGA